UCAGUGCUAUCAACAAUCUGAUUUUUGACGGCAUACACAGCAAAGAGAAGGAUUCGAUUUCCAUCUUAAGCCCCCCUUGAGUAUGAGCGCAAGGUCGGACUGAGCUCUUUCAAUUCAUUUCGACGCCGUCCGAAAGUACUCUCUUUUUCGGUCUACGGUUGCCUCUGGCUUUUCCUCCCGCUUUGCAGACAUCUGCUAUUUCUUCCUCUCACCCACUCCUUCCCUCCAAUCUUCAUUCACGGGCUGGCGAGCGAUGUCUGGCGAAAGCUAUCCAAGGUCAGCAGCACAUGGUCAGCCGGGCUCUUCUGCCUCCUCGUCAAACACAAUCCGUCUGCCGAGACUCGACGCACUGGACAAUAGCUCCGCGGACGGGCCUCUGCCGUCCCACAUGGGACGCAACAGAAGCAUCUCCUCUGCAAGCUAUCACUCUCGACCGCCGUACACCUCACAGAUGGAAGUCUCCACGUCUUGGUCGCCCAGAGUGGAGUCUUGGAGUGAUCGCCCAAUUGGGGAUAGACAAAGGCCACCUCCCCUUUUCUCGACGAGCGCAUCAACCCCCAGCGAAGAGGCAUGGCGAGCUGAUCCUCGCUCAAUCGCGCCGUCGCACGCCGUACCUCAAUUGCCUAGACCGCAGCGAAGAUCGACCAUGAUGUCCGGAGCUCUGCCGCCGUUAGCCGCCUUGCAACAUUCUGGUCCACCCGAACGAGGCUAUGUGCCGACGAUGCACUCGCCCAAAAUGGAGACGCACAUUGCCGGUCUGACGAUGGGCAGUCCUUCUGGUUCCCGAGCUCCGCCUCCUCUGAAUUGGGCCAGUGCUGGUGCAGCUUCUUCCUCUGCUGAUCAUCGUCCGAUGGAUGGUCGGGACCACCAUCUCCUAGCGCGAACCAUGUCUUUCCCUCCCCCGAUUGCGCCUCCUGACGAGAAUGACAUUGCUGCCAGCAAUCGUAAAGGGGCCAAGGCACACGUCUCGUCGGCUUGCCUCAAUUGUAAGAGAGCUCAUUUGGCAUGCGAUGCAGAGAGACCGUGCAGACGAUGCUCAAAGCUUGGCAAGACGGCUACCUGCGUCGAUGUUCAGCACAAGAAGAGGGGACGUCCCAGGCUGAAGGAGCGAGAGGCAGCGGCUUCGGGUGGAGCGACAAAGACCUCUCCGAAUCUUGCUUCCAGUGGCUCCACAGACUCAGGUUGGUCGCCCUCAGCAGACGCUACUGGCCAUUAUCAUUCUGGCGGACUGACUACUACCGAUUGGUCCCCAUCGCCCGAGGCUCAAGACAUGAGGACCACCCUAUCGCUAGCCACGAGCGGUAGAUCCAGGACGUUUUCCGCUGCAUCAGCUGAGAUGAUCGCUUUGGACAGUGCCCCGCUUCGCCAGACAGCGAUGGUCACGACUAUUUUGUGCGGCACGGACCUCGUCACUGCUCAUGUCUCGCAAGAAUCGCAGUACCUCUGCGGCCUGCUGCCUUCUCAGCUGUGUCACCGAUCACUGCUUGACAUCGUUGCUCCAGACGACACCGGACGUUUGCACAACGCAUGGUCACGACUGCUGUCUCCGGUCGGACUGGCCCCCGCUCCGUUCCCUGCGGCUGGCCUAGAGAUGAUGCGUCGAACGUCUUGCAAGCUUCUUCGUCCGGCUAGAGGUACGAUCUUUAUCGAGGAGACUUUGCGAAUCCGCACCGGGGAGAGGCACUCCAUUCCGUGCUCGGUACGUCUUCACUUGGGCGGGGCUUUCGGCUUGGACCUCUAUCGUCCUGAGUCAAAGCAGCACGCAUUCGUCGUCUGCUCAAUUGUACCUCUCGACGGACGCAUGUCAGAAAUGGCAGCAUCGUCCCUUCACCCAAGUUCGACCCGCAUCUCAAUGACCGAGUAUCCAGCUCUGUCACAGGGUGAAGCAGUAUUCCGCUCUCCUGUAGGAAGCCCUCCGCAGGCAGCUAUGGACGCUUUGAGCCUUCAGUCACACUGGACUCCACGUUCAAGCCAGCGCGGAUCUGUGCGAGAGGAAGUGAUGGUUCAGUCUCCACCGAUGAUGUCGGGGUGGAGUCACGAGACGUCACCGCGUAGGAAGAAACGCUCCUCCGACGGCGUGCUACUCUACCGACCGGCCAAGUCCCCAUCGCUGUCUCCGCCGCCAAUCUCACGCGGCCCGCCUGCAUUGGCUGCAGCUCUCAACGUGUCUACGGGUUCUCACAAGGCUGUGCGUCCGAUCAUCCCAAGCAGUCUUACACGCACACACUCUGUGCUACCUUCCAGCUCGGAGCGAUACCAUGAAGCUGGCAGAUUCGACGGCGAUGGGAGCGGCCACGUCGCAAACGGCACGUCCUCGUCCCCGGGACGACCUCGCCAAGCACCACCACCGCAAUUGCAAUACGGAGUCCACCGUCCGUUCUCCUCUGCCAUCCUUCCCUUCUCGACUCAACGUCCUUCGACGAUGCGUCCUCCCGCCUGUCGUAGCGCUGCGACGCAAGAGCUGCAUUCGGUUCCCUUGCACAGGACAGACUAUGAUACCCUUUCAGACAGCAGACAACAUGAUUCUGCUGACCGUCAUCAUGGACAUGGAUACACGGAUGAUUCGAGCAGCCGCGCCUCCAUCACCAUGGAUCGUAGCGCAUCUACUGCCGGCAGUACUCCUUUAAUGCUGAGGCGCAAGGGUGACAGUGAAGCCAGGCUUGCCAAUCUUGUGCCAAGCGCAAGGUCGAGUGAGAGUGGGGCAGAGGGUCUCGGCACCGUAGCCUGCUGAAGGCUAGACUGGAGGACCCAUUGCCUUCGGAGAGCGCGGAGAGCGUCAAUUCCUCAUUACAUUACCAUCGCCCCUUUGGUCCACGUUUCUCCCAUUGCCUUCUUGUCCACUUCUUUCAUCCACUCCCACGCCCACAAAUACUCGAGACCUUUCUUUAACCUACUCUCUCCCACCUAUUCCCUACCUGGGCAUCCCCGCCAUGGGCCUUGUACUUGUAUCCAUUACCCCCUAGGUCACCCUCAGACACGUUGCUGAAAUACUAGGAAAAGACCUACCCACUCUUUCGCUGCGCUUCGUCCCGUCCCUGAUGGCCUUCUUGUCUGCGUGAUCGGAGCGAGAGACGGAGAGCAAGAGUAAAAGUGCCCCG